CUGUCCAUGAGACUGAGAUAACUUUUACUAGUAAUAGUACUUUCUCUUCUACAGACAGAAUGCCUAACAAGCUGAAGAAACUGCUGGUUCUUCUGGUCAUCAUCCUGCACGAAACUGGAUCAACCACACCCUGCAGCCAGAGCUGUUACCCAUCCUGUGUGUGCAGCAGAAAUUUAGGCCUCACCUCUGUUCCUGAGGAUCUGUCAAAAAGUCUCACUUACCUUGACUUAAGUGGGAAUGACAUUGCAACCAUUAGUCGAAAAACUUUAUUAAGAUACAGAAGAUUGGAAAAAUUGGUUCUGUCCUCAAACCAAAUAAUUGACAUUCAGUCUGGUUCAUUUCCAGUUCUACCACAGCUACUAGAGUUGUCCCUGAACUCUAACAAAAUAACUAACAUCCAACGUGGCGCAUUCUCAAACAUACCUCGGCUUCAAAAGUUGUUCCUGUCCUCUAACCGAAUAACUAACAUCCAGCAUGGUGUAUUUACAAGCCUAGCGCAGCUUCAAGAGUUGUCCCUGUCCUCUAACCAAAUAACUAACAUCCAGCGUGGUGCAUUCAAAAACCUACCACAGCUUCAAAAGUUGUUCCUGUCCUCUAACCGAAUAACUAACAUCCAACGUGGCACAUUCUUAAACCUACCACAGCUUCAAAAGUUGUUCCUGUCCUCUAACCGAAUAACUUUCAUCCAGCAUGGUGCAUUUAGAAACCUAGCGCAGCUUCAAGAGUUGUCCCUGUCCCAGAACCAAAUCCAGCAUGUCGAAAUCUCAAACCUACCACAGCUUCAAAACUUGAAUCUGGCCCGUAACCAAAUAACAAACAUCCGGCAUGGUGUAUUUAGAAACCUACCACAGCUUCAAAACUUGAAUCUGAAAAAUAACCAAAUAAGUAACAUCCAGCUUAGUGCAUUCUCAAAUCUACUACAGCUGCAGUCAUUGUACCUGAAUGGCAACAGAAUAAAAACCAUUCAGUCUGAUGCACUUUCAAACCUACCCCAGUUACAAACGUUGCAAUUGCACUCCAACCAGAUGGAGACACUUUCCUCAACAGCCUAUUCCAUGCUGUCAUCAAUCUCUUCCGUAACAAUGCAGUGGAACCCCUGGCAGUGUGACUGUAGGAUGCUUCCGUUUCGCCUUCAGAUGAAUGGGUCUCAUUCAUUUGAAAAUCACAUGACAUGUUCCAAACCUGAUAACUUGCAAGGGCAGAAGCUGAAAGAUAUCAAUCCUGAAGAUUUCUGCAAAGAGCCAACCAUUCGCAGCUUUCACAGGGUUGACAAUGACACAUUGGUGCAGGGCGAGACUCUCCAUUUGGUUUGUGAAGCGUCAGGUAUGCCUAAACCAGACGUCACAGUCACCUUCCCAUCUGGACUGAAUACAACUGUUGAGUCAGGAGGGAGGGUGACUGUGGAGGUGAAGAAUACCACAGCUACAGUCACCAUAACAGGUGUUACUGCAGCAGAUGCUGGUCAGUACACCUGUAUUGCAACAAACCCAGCUGGCUCUGCAUCUGCCACACUCUCUGUCAAUGUCCACCUGAAAGUUCCUACAACUACUGCAAAAUUGAAUGCUCCACCACUCACUGAUACUUUAACCCAUCCCAUGGUCACGAGCAACAGUAAUCUUGCAUCUUCUGCUACUUUCUCCCCACCUGUACCUGUUGGCUCUACACCUUCAGAACACCUCUUAUCUUCUCCCAGUUCCUCCCUACCUGGCUCUACACCAGGUCCUUCACAACACCUUGUGUCUUCUAAGACUUCCUCCCUUUCCAUAAAUACUAGCUCUACGCCUUCAGAUCAGACAGAAUCGGAUCCCACUUUCUCUGAUUGA